AUGCUGACCCUGACCUCUGACUUCCAGCCUUCAGAACUGCCAUCUUGGCGACUGGUCUUGAUUGGGGUCUUCUGGCACCUAAGACAGGAGGGUCGUAGCCCUGCAAAGAGGAUGACAAAGUCUCUGGAGACGAUCAACCCUAGGCUCCAACUUGUUAUGAAAGGUAGAAAGUGUGCUCUGGGGUACAAGCAGGCCCUGAAAGUGAUCAGACAUGGCAAAGUGAAACGGAUCCUCCUUGCCAACAACUGCCCAGGCUUGAGGAAAUCUGAAAUAGAAUACUGUACCGUGUUGGCCAAAAGUGGGGUCCAUCAUUACAGUGGCAAUAAAAUUGAAUUGGGCACAACAUGUGGGAGAUACUACAGAGGAUGCACACUGGUUGCCGUUGAUCCAGGUGAUUCUAAUGUCAUGAGAAGCCUGCAGACUGGGGAAAGGUAA